AUGGACGCUUUUAGAGGUUAUUUAGCUGCCCAAAAGGGUCAACAUAAUCAAGCCGCCUCCAACAACCCCCCCUUCCACAGCGACCACGAAAUGCAUCAUUACGGAGCCCAUCCCAAUACAAACGCCGCACCUGCUGAUGACUACUAUACACCAUACCUUGGCCUUCGAGCACGUUUAUCACAAACCUGGAUUAAUAGAUGGACAAUUCUUUUACUUCUUAUCAUCGUACGACUUCUCAUAUCCUUGUCCACUAUCAAUGGAGACAUAGCCUCCGCAAAAACCGAAGCAUUGUCAGCAUGUACUAGUGUUGAGAAUGUUGGAAGUGCCAUGGCUUCUAUGCCUCAUUAUCUGUCUCAAGGUGUUAAUAGUAUGGCCGCUGCUGGUAUUACAAAAGCUGUUAAUGGUAUGAUGGAAAUGCUUUACUUGACUCUUACUGGAGUCGAGGAAAUCGUUCUCUUUGUCAUUCACAUGAUGACCUCAACGUACAUGUGUCUCAUCACGUUGGCUAUCACUGGUAGUCUUCAAGUUGCCAUUCAAAUGAUUGAAGAUGUUGGUGCCUUUAUGAACAAGUCAAUUGAUACUAUCACCGGCGACAUGUCAUCUGGUCUUAAAUCAUUCGAAGAUGACCUCAAUGGUUUCUUGUCUAAGAUUAACAUCGGUGGUAUCUUUGGAAGCAGUACCUCACCACCGAAAAUCGAUUUGAGCAGUGAGAUUAACAAACUUAACUCUAUUCAGAUUGAUCCCUCAACCAUGGACGCCGAUCUUGCCAAACUCAACGCUUCCCUUCCAACCUUUGACCAAGUGCAAAAUUUCACCGAUAGCAUCAUCAAGCUUCCAUUCGAAGAAGUGAAGAAACUUGUCAACGAAUCAAAGAUUGGUUACAAGUUCGAUGAUAGCGUUUUUCCGGUCCCUCAAAAGAAAUCGCUAACAUUUUGUUCCGACAACACCGCCAUCCAAGACUUUUUUAUCGGUCUCGUCAAAACGCUUAACAUCGCCAAGAAAAUCAUGCUCAUUGUCCUCAUCAUUGCCGCCAUCCUCGCUUGUGUCCCCAUGGCUUACCGUGAGAUUUGGGGUUGGAGAAGCAUGCAGAGACGGGCUGCCCUGCUCAAAGCUCACAAUUAUACUAAUGAGUUGGAUAUUCUAUACCAAGCUCAUCGCCCCUACACUUCACAAUUCGGUCUAAAACUGUCAAGGAGAUUUAAAGGCCAGAAGAAUCAAAUACUCGCGAGAUGGUUCAUCGCAUAUGCUACAUCUAUCCCAGCACUUUUUGUCCUAGCCCUCGGCAUGGCUGGCCUCUUUACCUGUCUCUGUCAAUUUAUCAUUCUUCGUACCAUCGAGAAAGAAAUUCCGGCGCUAGCAGCAGAAGUUGGAGAUUUUGCCGAACAUGUUGUCCAAGCUUUGAAUAAUGCAUCGGAGGCUUGGGCCUUGGGAGCGAACUCUGUCAUCAACAAUACAAACACGGACAUCAACGAAAACGUUUUUGGAUGGGUCAACACAACAACAGGUGCUAUCAACGAGACAUUGAAUGUCUUUACGGAUGAGAUGACGAAAGCUCUCAACGUUACAUUUGGUGGAACCAUUCUUUAUAAACCAAUCAUGGGCGUUUUCGAAUGCUUGGUUGGACUCAAAGUCGCUGGUAUCGAAAAGGGGCUUACAUGGGUUAGCGAUCAUGCUCAUGUAGAAUUUCCUGAAUUCCAACCCGACGUCUUCUCACUUGGUGCCGCUGCUUCUCUCACAAAUAGCACGGCAGAUGACAAUUUUCUCGCCAAUCCGGCUACUUCCACCACAGACGAAAUUACAGACGCAGUGGUGAAGGUAGGAAAGAAAUUAGAAGCUGUCAUUAAACAAGAAGCUCUUAUUUCUGCUUCACUCGUCAUAGUUUACUUCGUGAUUGUUUUCAUUGGUUUCGUCCGCGUGGUAAUUGGCAUGUGCGGAAGAGAUAAAUCCCGGGCGGAAGGCGGUUCGGGACCUGGCACACUAUACCGUAAUGGAUUUCCUCAUCAGCAUCUACCUGUGAUCCGAGAGGAAAAAUUCGGUUCAAAUGCAAGUGAUGGCUGGCAUGAAGAGCACAUGCGAGCAGGUGGAGAUACAAUACGAAUGCCGUUUGGAGGCGAUGGAGCUGCGGAUGAUCUUCCGUAUGAUGGUGCACCGGCUCCAAAAUACGAAGCAUCUAUUGCGCCUGUCACAACUGAAAUGGGAUCAGAGAGGUUAGGGGUAGUUCCCGGUGGAAGAGCAAAUACUAACAGGGGACCAUGGGUUAGAGAUGAGAAGGGGAGAGAGGGAUGGGAAGCGGAUGAUGCGCAGAUGAGAGCAACUAGCUCUUAUGGAUUUUUAGAAAAUGGUGAUGAGAAAUCUUCGGGUUGGGGUUUACCGCCGAGGAGGGUUUAA